GACCAACAAACCCUUGGGAUUCAGUUGGGGUAUGGGGAGGAGAUGGAAAAGGUGCAGGGGUCCUGAAAGGCUGCUGACUACAAGGCAUGUGCAGGACUGCCAAGCGGGGCUGAACUUUGCAGAUGAGGGAGAGGCCCAGGCGUUCCGGGCCCUGGUGCAGGAGAAGAUCCAAAAAAGGAAUCAGAGGCAAAGUGGAGACAGACGCCAGCUACCCCCACCACCAGCACCUGCCAAUGAAGAGAGAAGAGGGGGGCUCCCACCCUUGCCCCCACAUCCAGGUGGAGACCAAGGGGAUCCUGCUUGGACCUUUUACCUACUCCCUCCAUGACCAUCACACACAGACACAACUCACCCAAUAGUCUUGCCCUGUGCUUUGUUUGGUAGGUAAGUGAGUCAAUGGUCUACAGUCCAGUCACCCUUUUUCUCC